GGGAUAAAGACCUGUGUGUGCUGGUGAUUUAUUCUGCAGCAGCCACCUCUUUCCUUUCUGUCUGUCUGUCUCCUUCUCUGCCUUUCUAAAACAGCCCAUCGGCAAACCAACAUGGCUCCAAAGAAGCCUGAACCUAAGAAGGCUGAACCAAAGAAGGAAGAACCCAAACCAGCACCCAAACCAGCAGAACCAGAACCCAAAAAAGAAGUUGAAUUUAACCCAGCUUCUGUCAAAGUUGAAUUCACCCCUGAUCAGAUUGAAGAAUUUAAGGAAGCGUUCUCACUCUUCGACCGGACUCCUAAAUCUGAGAUGAAAAUCACAUACGCACAAUGCGGAGACGUCUUGAGAGCUUUGGGGCAGAACCCAACCCAGGCCGAGGUCAUGAAACUGCUUGGCAGACCCAAACCAGAAGAGAUGAACUCCAAGAUGAUUGACUUUGAGACCUUCCUGCCCAUGCUCCAGCAUAUUGCCAAGACGAAAGACACGGGCACCUAUGAGGACUUCGUGGAGGGUCUGCGUGUGUUCGACAAGGAGGGAAAUGGAACAGUGAUGGGGGCUGAACUCCGCCACGUUUUGGCUACGCUGGGUGAGAGGCUGACUGAAGAUGAAGUUGAUAAGCUAAUGGCUGGUCAGGAAGAUGCCAAUGGCUGUAUCAACUAUGAAGCUUUCGUGAAACACAUCAUGGCUAACUGAAUGCCAGGACAAGAUAGGCGCCGAGAACCCCAGAUGCUGGCCUUGGAUUUCGAUGUAAUAGAAUGUCUUCUCAUUUUUCAGCCCAGAUUCCCAUUACAGAGCUACAAAAUGUGCUGUCCCUGAAGUUAUUUGGAUAAAUGUUUUCUUGAUUCUUUUGUCUUGUUCUCUCAUGGGAAGAGGGUGGCCUCUGUGGAGAUUCAAUACACUCAGGAAACAGAAGAAACUGGAAUCUGAACUAUGAAUACCUGGGCAUUGUCUUUUUUUUUUUUUUUUUUUUUGCUACAGAGUAUAAAUAGCAAUAUGAAAUUAUUAAGGGAGAAGGGAGAACAGGGGAGUAAUUUUUCAUGACUAAAUCAAUCAAAAAUUGUAUUUAUCAUCUAGCCACAACCUUCCCUUCCCUCCCCUGUUCCUUCCAAAACAACUGGACCUUUUUCUUUGUGUUUAAUUUGUAAAAAAACAGCUGUAAGAGAGUAAGGGAGAAAAGAAAUUAAACCAAUUGUAUAAAUCUCAUGUAUGCAAGGUAUAUUCUUAAUCUUUAAAGAAAGAUAAUAAAAGUAACAUGCUCAGCAAUCAGCAACAAACACAACCUCAUUCGUAUGUUUCUCAGCUCUGGGAAAUACCACAAGUAAAAGAAGAAACUAAAGCAAAACAGAAGUGUACACAAUGUUUGCUAAAAAGCAUCUCUUCUCCACGAGGUUAACUUCCCUUUCCAAGAGUCUGACAUUUGAAACAAGUAAAAUGUCUUUCCCAACGCAAACUGGAAAUUGUUCUAAUAUAUGUAUUGGUUCUUGUAGCUUUUUGCAGUAAAACAUGGGAUUCUUUGUCA